AUCAGGCCGCCGCUCACCGUUGGUUUACGAUUCACGGAUUUGUGAGCCGCCAUCCGUGUCCGAAUGACCCUCUUUUCCUGGCAGCCGCUCGACCACCUUCAAUAAAAAAUCUUGUCACAACCACCAUAUAUUUCUGCCUGUCUUGCACCGGAAAAGAAGAAAGAAACAUGAAACAAAAUCUAGUGGAAUUAAAGGGAUUUCAUAAUCAUGCGUUGACUGUGUAUCCCGAGGAUCAUCGACAGAUCAGCAGACUGAACGAUUCAUCCAAAGAGAUUAUCCGUGACAUGAGUGAUGCUCAGGCAAAACCGGCAGCAAUUUUGGCUGCAAUUCAGGAGAAAAACCCUGUGGACAACGCUACUUGCCAACAAGUUUAUAACUAUAAAGCUCAAUUGGCGAAAAGACCGUCUGGGGGUAGAGAUGUUGCUGGCCAGCUUCUGCAUUUGGCUACCGGCAGCAACUACAUAGUUUACACAGACGUUGACCCGAACACAAAGGCGUUGACACGUGUGUUCAUGUCGCAUCCACGAGCAGCCAGUUUAUUACGGACAUAUUAUUGGUAUGUCGAUAUAGAUUCUACGUACAAAACCAACAC